GCCCGGAUACAGCGGAGGCAGGCCGAAGCAAUCGAUGCGGACAGGGGGUGCCGCGGCCAGCCUCGAGCGCGCAGCCCGGAGCAAUCAAGGCCGGAGCGGCGGCAUGCGGCGGGCAUGGCGGCGGGCGGGCUGCGGCGGCGGCUGGUGCACCUGGACCUGAAGGGCGCCCCGCCCCGCGCCUCCUACCUGGCGGAGGUGCUGCCGCUGCUGCGCGCCCUGGGCGCCACCGGGCUGCUGCUGGAGUAUGAGGACACGUUCCCCUACGCGGGGCCGCUGGCGCCGCUGCGCGCCCCGCACCACUACAGCCCCGGGGAGGUGCGGGCGGUGCUGAGCCAGGCGCGGGCGCAGGGGCUGGAGGUGGUGCCGCUGGUGCAGGCCUUCGGGCACAUGGAGUUUGUGCUGAAGCACAAGGAGUUUGCUCAUCUCCGGGAGGUGAAGGUCUUCCCCAACGCGCUCAACCCACACAAGGAGGAGUCGCGGGCGCUGGUCAAAGCCAUGAUUGACCAGGUCAUGGCACUGCACGAAGACUUAAAGUGGUUUCACAUCGGAUGUGAUGAGGUCUACUACCUUGGCGAAGGAGAGGAGUCAAAGCAGUGGCUGCAGCAACGCAACAACACUCCAGAGAAGCUGUGCUUAUCCCAUAUAAAAGCAGUAGCAAGUUGUGUGGCCUCAUCUUACCCCGCUGUGACGCCUAUCGUGUGGGAUGAUAUGCUCAGAGGGAUAAGUGAGGAGACAUUGGCAGAGUCUGGGGUCCCACAGCUUGUGCAGCCAAUGAUCUGGGACUACACAGCAGACCUCGACGUGGAGGACAAAGUACAUCUCAUAGAGAAGUACCGUAGGUGCGGCUUCUCCAAGGUGUGGUUUGCUAGUGCUUUUAAAGGAGCUACGGGAGUGAAUCAGUCUCUAACGCUUAUCGGGCACCACUUGAAAAACCAUCUUCAGUGGCUGAAAGUGGCAGGCAGUAGCCCUGCUGAUGUCCUUGAAGGUAUCGCGCUGACCGGCUGGCAAAGGUAUGAUCACUUCUCUGUUUUGUGCGAGCUUCUCCCUGUGGCGAUUCCAUCGUUGGCUGUGUGUCUGCAGGCACUAAAGAACGGUGGCUAUUCUGAAAAGAUUAAAGAAAACGUGGAAAAGCUCCUGGGAAUGUCCAACCUGGAAACUGAUACUUUCAUGAGCACAAGUCUGGGGACCUUUCCUGGGAGCAAUGUCCUUACACUUGUGACACAAGUUAGUUUCUACCUCAAGUCAUCAGUGGAUGAUCUUCUUGAAAGGAACAGGUACGUCACAGGCUGGUUCAGCCCCUACCACAGGAAAAGGAAUAUUAUUCAUCCCAUAAUAAUGCAUCACUUUCAGCCAGAUGCAGUGAGUCUUCUCUCCAAGUGGAACGCUGUGGUGCAAGACCUCCAAGCAGCCAUGGAGCAAGUUUUCCACAGGUGUACUAUAGAGGAGUGGAUGGAGGAGAACGUCCACCCCAGCCUACAGAAGCUGCAGCAAGUGGUGGAUGAUUUAGAUAAAGCAAUAAAAGCACAAAAUUAGGGGCAUUUCAAUUAGUCUGUCUUUAUAUCAUGGGAAAACAUGGCUGGUAGAAAUUGGCAACCAGUCAUAUAGCUGGAGCUUGUCAUCGUGAGGCGAAGCACGAGCUGUGGUUAAGUGAAAGUGACCUGAAGGCAUAAAGGAAUUUGUGGGUGUAAAAGGCUUCAACUAGAUUUUAAUUUUCUUGUCUUAACACAUUAGUGAGCCUUAAAUCACCUGCCCUGUCAGCCAGAGUUGCUCCCCUUGCGUAACACAGUGCAGGAGUGAGUCAGCACUCAGCUGUGUUACAAGGCAGGAGAAAAACCCAUUUUCUUCCAAAUUCAGCAUUUGUAGUAAGAGACUUCCUCACGUAACAACGACCUGGAGGAGGUUCUACAAGUCCUACUCUAGUCGGUAGUCAACAUGUCCUCCCUUUGUAAUUUCUGUAAAAAGAUUCAGAAUACGUUAAACACGCUUUAGGUCCUUCUCUUCUGUACUGUGACUCCCUCACCUUUCAGCUGCAUUGAGAGACGUGUCUUCCCAUUGAAUCAUGACAAGUCCUUCCACAGCGUACAGCGGUUGAUUUGUUCCAGAUACGGGGUUGGAUUUUUUUUUUUUUUUGGUCUUUCAAAUACAUAAACCCAUCAGUCUUAAAUCCAGCUUUGAUGAGCUUGAGGCCAGGAAACUGACAUCCAGCUUUUUGCAGAAGUCUGAGCAAGGAACUGCUGCCUAGAUGCUGACAAGGUUACAGCAGAUACAUGAAGGAGGACACGUACCACCACAGUACAGAGCAAGGGGAGCUCCCGAAAAGGAGGUUGUACUCAAGAGUGAAGGUGACACUUGGACCUUGUGGGAAAACUGCCUUAAUGCACUUUGUACCAAAGCAUUGUCUAAGCCAAGUGUGGUUUCACCCCCACAGAGAAAGACCAUCCCAGUCACUUUAAGGCACCUGCUUAGCGAUGUAAAACCCGAGACUGCAGCUUCAUCCCAACGUGAAGCAUCCCUGGAGCCCACUGACUGAGGGGAAAUGCUGGUUUAUGCUGCUUUCAUGCUGAACUUUUAAUAAUGUAUAGCAAUGUAUCUUGUGGGCUCAACUAGAGCAUUAAGGUCAUCACCACAGUGGAAAACAAUUCAGAAAUCUGAUAGUUAAGUACACUACCAUCAAUAUUCAAAGUAUUCCUUACUUGUUUGCUUCAUUUAUUGCUUUCUUGAAAGUCUUCUUUUGGAAGCAAAGGUAUUGAAGUUUUCUUGCAAAAGCCUAUUAUAAAGAGUACGGCUUUAGAUACAGGAGGCACAAGAACUGCAGCAUAAGACAAAUCUUUAACUUAGUAAGAGCUACAGGAGUUAGGUCCACAUGCAGAUUUUUAUCUAUUGAUACAUAUACAUCUUAGUUACAAAAGUCACAUACCUUGAACUCAACAAGUCUUAAUUUAUAUUACUAUAAUAAAUCCUUUGAUACUCAAAAUGUUUGUGGAAAUUUGCUGUUUGUUUUUGGUGAGAUUUUUUUGCAUGUGGCAUGUUGGUUUGAUUUAAAGGGAGGAAAUGCAAAUGCAUUCACCUGUGGAGAGUUGGCUGUAUCAGCUUCUUUGAAAUGGAAAGCUAGACUGCUGCACAGGAGUGAAAGCAGGGUCAGGAAUGCGCUAGCUAUUUAUGCUUCCUCUACUCUGUCCUUCCCCCCCCCCCCCCCGUUAACUCCUUCCACAGAUCUGUGCCAAGUAGUCAUUUAUCCAUUAAUAUUUUAAUGAAAAACAAUAUAAAAGACAACAGUGACACAAAGCAAGUUAUCAAAGUUAAUUUUAUCAAUGGACGUUUGUAAAAAAAAAAAAAAAAAGACAAUAAACAAGGCCUUGCUGAAAUUCUACUCACAGUUUUAAAGCAGAAAAGCAAUUUCUAAACAUUUUCCAGAAGUAUUUUUGCCUAUCUGCAA